AUGAUACAAGCAGAUUAUAAUCAACCUUCCUAUGUUGAAAUGAUUAAUCAAUCAAUUUUAAUUGAGAAAGUAAAAUAUCCUACAUUAGAUCCAAUCAUUUCUAAUGAUUAGUUGAAUAAUAAAGAAAUAAAAAAUGAUUUAUAAGUUGAAAAUAAACAACCUUUUAGAUAGACAAUAAAUAGAGCACACUUCUUAACAAAAUAUUAUUGUUAUUCAAUUCUAUAAUAUAUAGGAGUGUUAUCAAUAUUUUUAUUGACUCAAGAUUUUAGGUUUGUUGAAAUUUUGUGUAUUGUGGAAUACAGUCCAUUUGAAGAACACUAAAAUUUUUAUUAUGGUUCAGAAGAAUAUCGAAAUGGUGAAGACUAUAGAAAAUUAUUUGGCAGAUAUGAUUCUUUAUCAAGGUACUCUUUUAGAUGGACUUAUUUUAUAUUUAUAGCAUUAACAAUUGGAUUGACACUUAAACUUAUUAUUGGAAGAUCUUCUAGAAAAAUGGUAUGAGAAUAUAAUAAUCUUAGUAGGUUAAACAUUAAAAAUGGUUUUAUAUUGUUUACACAAUUUUAAUUGGAUUAGAUUUAGGUGGAUUUGCUUGUAUUUCAAAAGGGUCAUGGAGAAAUGAUGCAAAAAUAUUUUAUACAAAAAUAGUAUGUGUUGGUUUAGUUGGAAAUGCUCUACUCUAGAUUAUUUUGAUUUAGAUAAACAAAUCACAUUCUUAUGGAAAAGUAUCAUCCUAUUUGAUAUAUAUACUAUUCCCAAUCAAUAAUUUUUUAUUUGCAUUUGAUUGUGAAUACAACAAACCAAUUCUAGUAUUAGAAGUUGUAUUUGUGUAUGGAAUCUAUUAUUUUAAUUAAUUGAAUAAAUCAUUAUUAAGUAAUCCAGAAGAUUUACCAAAAGGAUUCAAUAUUUUGGAAUAUAUUAAUAAAUCUUAUUCAAUAAUUAAUACAAAUCUUCCAGAAUAAUUAGAUAAAAAUUUGGAAUAAGUAAAAAAUGAUAAUGUGAUAAUUAACAAAAAUUUGUUUUUAGGUUGUGCAAUAGUUUUUGGAUAUUUGAUUUUUCUUAUAUUUUUGGGUUUUGUUGAUACUUUUGUGUGUAUUAUUUUAUCAGGAUUUACACUUUUAUCUUUAUUAGAUACUUAAGUGGCUUCAAAAGUAUAGAUUAUAUUAUUAAUUGAUUUAGAGUCUUAAGGAUGAGGAUGUACUUGUUGCUGUUUGUCUAACAUAUGUAGAUUUCUUUAGUCCAAUAAAAAAUUUUAUCAGAAGUACAUCAAUUAAAAUUUGA